AGCAAAUGGCUUCAGUAGUAGCAGCAGAGCAGAUGGAUCUGACAGCAAUAGAGUAGAUGGAUCCGGUAGCAGCAAAGCAGAUGCAUCCAGCAGCAACAGAGCAGAUGGCUUCGGCAGCAGCAGCAGAGCAGAUGGAUCUGGCAACAACAAAGUAGAUGGCUUCAGCAACAGCAGAGGAGAUGGAUUCGGCAACAAGCUUCGGCAGCAACAGCAACAAAGCAGAUGUCUUCGACAGUAGCAACAGAGCAGAUGGAUCUAGUAAUAGCAAAGUAGAUGGCUUCAACAGCAGUAGAGGAGAUGGAUUCGACAGCAAGCUUCGACAGUAGCAUAGAGAGUCCAACUUGACAUCUAAAGAUGCUUAAUUCUUCUCUUAUGGGAGAUGUCCUAAAUGUUAACUUUAUGUAUUCAUAAAAAUGGUAACUUUUA